ACUUCAGCGAGCUCUGGAAGCAAUUAAAAGGGGAGAAUCGCAAAGAAACGUUGCAGCACAGUUCAAUAUACCUAGGAGUACUUUGAAGAAUAAGUUGAAACUGAGGCACAUGAAAAAAUUUGGUGGGCAAACAGUUUUAUUUGCAGAAACUGAGAAAAUUCUAGUGGAGCACUGCAUAGCCGUAAGCAGUUUUGGUUUUCCGAUAGCACAGGAAGAUUUGAGAAGCAUAGUUAAAGCUUAUCUUGAUGCAAAAGGAGUGACUGUCAGUAAAUUUCACAGCAAUUAUCCUGGAGUUGAAUGGGUGAAAGCAUUCUUAAAAAGGCACUCAGAACUAACGGUGCGAUUCGCAACGAAUAUAAAAAAGAAAAGGGCAGGGGUAUCGAGUGAGACUAUUGAAAAAUAUUUUGAAAACAUCGAAGAAGAGUUGGAUGAUGUGCCCCCGGAAAAUAUUUGGAAUUAUGAUGAAACAAACUUAACUGAUGACCCAGGGCAAAAGAAGAUAAUAUGCAAGCGCGGCUGCAAAUACCCAGAAAGAAUCCUGAAUUCGACAAAAUCUGCAAUAAGUUUGAUGUUCUGUGGGAAUGCAGCAGGAGCAGUGAUGCCACCGUAUGUAGUGUACAAAGCCGAGAAUCUGUGGAGCACUUGGGUUGAAGGAGGACCACCAGGGACACUAUACAACAGAUCAAGAUCAGGCUGGUUUGAUGGAUUUAGUUUUCAAGAUUGGUUUAAUCGAAUGGUGCUGCCUAGGCUGAAGCGUCAAAAUGGGAAAAAAGUUCUCAUUGGGGAUAAUUUAUCCUCCCAUAUCAGUCCAGAUGUUCUGAAAUCAUGUCUUGAUCACAAUAUAGCUUUCAUAUGUCUACCGCCUAAUUCGACGCACCUCACCCAACCCCUGGAUAUUGCCUAUUUCAGGCCAAUGAAAGUCGCUUGGAGAUCGAUAUUGAAUUCUGUGAAAAGUAAAGAAAGAAGGCAGACAUCCGCAACGCUAAGAAAAGAUGAGUUUCCAGCACUUUUGAACAAACUCUGCUUUGCUCUUGAUGUCAGGGGAGCAAACAACCUAGUUGCAGGAUUUAAAAAAGCAGGACUUGUUCCGCUCAAUAAAGAAGAAGUUCUCAGUAGAUUACCAAGAACUACGAGUCAUGAUGAUUCUGAUGUUAUCAGUGAAAAAUUUCUUGAGAAAAUUUCAGAUUUAAGAUCUUCUGUGGCAAAGGAAACUAAAACAAGAAAGAAGGUUCAGGUAGAACCUGGGAAAAGCGCAUGUGAGGAAGAUGUGGCAAGACUUGAAAAAACGGUUUCAAAAAAAGCUCAAGCAAAUCAAAAUAUUGAAGAUUCAGAUUCAACGGUUGAAAUUGUUUCCUCAGACGAUGAAUGCGAUGAAGCCUCUACUCCUGAAUCAUCCAACUCUCACUCUGUAGUUUCAACUGCUCAUCACUUGCCAUUUGAAGAAUGCAACAUUGGUGAUUAUGUUAUAAUUUCGUAUGAGGGUGAAUUAUACCCUGGAAUUGUCAAAACCCGCACAACUGACGGGUGCGAGGUGAGUGUCAUGGAGAAGUCUGGAUGUAACUGGAGAUGGCCAUUUCGGAAAGAUCAGAUUUUUUACGACUGGAGCAGCAUAAAACGUUGUAUCAGUCCCCCAGAUCUCAUAAAUGCGCGAGGCAUCUAUAAAGUGUCUGAAUUGAACUGAACUGACCUUUUUGCCAUGAUAUCAACUGCUAUGAAUGAAUACAGACAUGUUUAAUUUUGAUUUUUGCAGUGCCAUUAUAAAAUGGCCGAUUUCGUUGAGUGUUCUAAUUUUUUUGGGGUUUCUGUUUUUUUAAAAAGUCUCUGUGGGCCAAAGCCCACUGUAAUAAAUGUUUUCUUUGUCUCAGUAUGGGUACAGCUUAAUUUAUGGGGAGAAAUAGGCACUGGGCCAAAGUGGUACCGAAAUUGCUGGUGACUUUGGCCCACCGUAAAUUAAAAAAAAUAAUAUAGAAAAAACAAAUAUUUUGGUUCAAUGAUUAUGCACGACGUAUACCCCCUCUAAAAUGCAUAGUUUGGACCCGGAAUAGCAAUUCAUAGAUUUUUAAUAUUCGAGAUAUUUUGACUGAAAGACCAAAAAUGGGUCAUAGUCACCCCGCUUUA